AUGUCUAAUGGUGAUUUGGUCUCCUUUUCCCUGUGUCAUGGCCUGGUAGAACUUUGUGAUGGGCUUCCUACUUUCGUCAAAGGGUGGAAAGAGGAAUUCUUCUUUGUUUACACUUCUUCUUUCCCUGGCCUCAUGCGAGAAAGCAUUGGUCUUUUGGCUCAGAACUAUGUUAAGUGGGCAGAUCCAGAAGAAGUAACCCUAGGUAUAGUUGGUGUAAGUCCUGUUUGGAACGGAUUAGGUAAGAAACUUGUUGAAACUAUGGCCGGUCGAGAAGUAACUUUGCUAGAUCGCUUGCAUAAGAAACGGUUAAUCGAUUCAUAUGUGGUUGUCAAAGAAGUUAUUAUACUUGACUCCCCUUCUCUCUAA